AUGGAAUAUAUAAGGACACUCAUUACAGCAUACUUUGCUUUCAAGAAGCCUUUCUUUGACCGAAGUUUCCGACACACCGAAACUACUAAGCUUCUGCUUGUGCAGAAAGGCGGUCCUUUCGAGGUCAAAAAGACCCCUCAGCACGAUGUGAAACCCGAUCAGGUCCUCAUUCGCCAGCGUGCAAUCGCUCUCAACGGUCUCGACCCCUUGCAGCGCGAUCUCGGAGUGAACAUCCAGACAUGGCCAUACGUGCUUGGCGUUGAAGGCGCUGGCGUCAUUGAGGCCAUCGGAUCGGAGGUCGAGGGUUUCCAGGUCGGCGACGAAGUGCUAGCCUGGGAGUUGUCUGUUGAGGGCUGGGGUGGUGCAUACCAAGAGCACGUUGUCGUCCCAGCACGAUUUGUCGCCAAGAAGCCGAAGAAUAUUAGCAUCGAGGAAGCCGCAUCUCUACCCAUCUGCUACAACGCAGCCAUCUGUACCAUGUUUGCCUUGAAGCUCAGGAUUCCCAUCCCCAACUUCCGUGGCGCAUCGAACUCGGAAGGAGAGCCUGAGCCAAAGUCGAUUCUUGUUCUGGGCGGCAGCUCGGUGGUCGGUGCCAGUGCCAUCCAGCUCCUCCGGCUCGCAUACCCGUCGGUACCCAUUUUCGCAACGAGUUCCCCCGCGCAUCAUGCUCACCUGCUUUCGUUGGGAGCAACAAAAGUUUUUGAUUACCACAGCCCUACCAUGGUAUCAGACAUCAAAGCAGCAUCACCAGAAUCUCGUGGCGUCGACAUGAUUUUCGAUGUCGUAGGAGCCGGCGCCUCACAGACGGACAUCUGCGAUACAUUUGACCCUAAUGGGAUUAAGAAAUAUGGAGCUCUCGUCACAGCCAAGACAGUAACGGUACCUGAAGGAGUCACCAAGUUCGAAUCUGGCGGAUGGACACUACUUGGAAUGCCUGGGCAGGAGCAAGUGAUCCCUGCUCUUGCGCAGUUGGUCGAAGAAGGAAAAUAUAAAGUGCCUUUAUCAGUCAAGGUGGUCGGACAUGGAUUGGAGCAGAUACCUGAUGUGAUGGAUCAGGUCAGGAGUGUAAGUGGGGAGAAGUUGAUCGUGACAUUGUGA